CACACACACACUCAUUUGUCUUGCUUAUUAGCAAACUUUGCAUUCGAAAGCGACAAAUGGAGAACCUACGGUCCUAGCUUAUCCUUCCUUGGUCCAAACUAAUCCUAAUACUUGGAUACAUCGUUGUCAUUAAUAUUACAAAAUUACAUUACAAUAUGUAAAUAUUAUACUUUAAAUAUCAGGAUUAACAAGUAACAGCUUUUUUACAAAACUACAACAAUUUGUUAGUAUUACAAAAUCACAGCAAUUUACAGUAUUAAUUUGUAUUUAUACGGUGAUAUACGGUAUUGAGUAUUGUCCGGUCAUUAAACCGGCAAAAUCAGGUAACAGCCGUUACCUUUUUCCAGCAAACCCUUGGGCCCCAUAUAAAACCAACCACCGCUGUCAUCAGCUACCGUCCCACUAUCCCCCAUUUUACUAACGUGGCGGAAUAUCCGCCGUUGAUAUUCAUGUUCCCCUAGAUCCUAAUCAUUCAUCAUUCCAACCUUUUAACCAUAGUUACAGAAUUUCCCCUUUUAGUUUCUCUAAUCUCACACUUUGGCCCCUUUCACACUCCCUCUUUCAGCCAAACCAGCCGCUCAUGCAACCACCGCAAAGUCCCACAUCUAUUAAUUCCACACAGACAAUUAUGAGCAAAACAUCACGGGAUUAAAGUGGCUGUGGAUCACGAUUGAUCUAUGGAUGAAGUCAACGGCGUGGUGCCUCCGUACGCCGCCGGUGUCGGUGUCGGUGUCGGAUUCGGAGGCAAUUUUCGGAAAGUGUCGAGGGAGGAGGACUGGAGGUUUCACGCGACGGAGUUCGCGAAGGGAGUGGCGGAAUUGAGUGUUGAAUUUGGGAAAGGAUGUAGGGAUGUAGUGAGGCAGAGUAUAUUGAGAGAUGAUUCGUUCGUUGUGAGACAUUUCAGAGGUCCGUGCAAGGCCGCUUGUACGAAAUUGAAGUUUUUAAACGAGUAUCUGCCUGAAGAUCGCGAUCCGAUGCACUCGUGGAGUGUGGUUUCCGUCGUUUUCGCCGUCGUUAUUGCAGUUCUAAUUGCAACCUCUGAAAGCGAUACAACCACCCAACUUAUACAAAAAUUACACAUAUACCCUCCAAAUGCAACCCGUAUACUAUUACCAGAUGGGAGACACUUGGCUUACCAUGAACAAGGCGUUUCAUUUGACUCCGCUCGAUUUACCCUCAUUGCACCACAUUCUUUCCUCUCAUCAAGACUUGCAGGAAUACCUGGAAUCAAGGGUUCACUGCUAGAAGAAUUUGGUGUUCGAUUGAUAACAUAUGAUCUUCCUGGAUUUGGGGAAAGUGAUCCUCACCCACAAAGGAACCUUGAAUCAUCAGCAAUGGACAUGUUAUAUCUAUCAUAUGCUGUUCAUAUAACAGACAAGUUUUGGGUAGUUGGAUACUCAUGUGGAAGCAUACAUACAUGGGCUGCACUCAAGUACAUUCCCGAUAGAAUUGCAGGUGCUUUCAUGGUAGCACCUUUGGUGAAUCCAUAUGAAGCAAGCAUGAAUAAGGUUGAGACACGUAGGACAUGGGACAAGUGGACAACAAAACGGAAAUUUAUGUACUUUUUAGCACGGAAGUUUCCGGUAGCUCUUCCGUAUUUCUACAAACGCAGCUUUUUGUCAGGAAAUCUUGAUCGAAUAGACAAGUGGCUCUCAAUGUCACUUGGAACAAGGGACAAGGGUAUUAUAGAAGAAGUGAAAUAUCAAGAGUUUUGGACGCGGGAUUUAGGGGAGUCAGUUAGACAAGGUAAUGUAAAGCCAUUUGUAGAGGAAGCAGUGUUGCAAGUAUCAAAUUGGGGUUUUAGCAUAAGUGAUCUCAAUGUUCAGAAAAAACACCAAGGGAAAGGCGUAUUUUUUUGGCUUAAAUCUUUAUACAAAAGACCACAACAAGAGUUGACCGGCUUCCUUGGCCCAAUACAUAUCUGGCAGGGGAUGGAAGAUAGGGUGGUGCCACCAUCAAUGAGUGAAUAUGUGCAUCGGAUUCUACCGGGAGCAAUGGUGCAUAAGCUUCUUUACGAGGGUCAUUUCACCUAUUUUUAUUUUUGUGAAGAAUGUCAUAGACAGAUGUUGACCACAGUAUUUGGGAACCCUCAAGGUCCGUUGACUGUUGAAAUUGAUUUGAUUCCUCCUGUGAAGGAUAAGGAUGAUGUUGAUGAAAAAAAUGAAGAGAUGGAAGAAGAGGUUGAAGUUAGUUAUUCAGAUGUUACUUUUAUUUAGUUCUAUGAAUGAUUAAUAUGCAAAUUUUAGAUGCAUACAAAAGAAGAGGUGAUUUCAUAUAUAUAGCUGUUUGAAAUGAAAAUAACACUUUGUAGGCUGGACAGAGAUUAGCAAAAUCCACGAGCCAAGCAAGAUAAUUUGAUGGUUAUACAAAAUAAAUGAUAGAUUUGUAAUUCCAGGUCGUUUUUAUUUUGAUCUUAAUUUUUUAAUCAUAUUAUAAUAUCCCAAACUCCAAAUAGUG